AUGUGGGUGAGCUUAGUUCUAAUAUUUAUACUUGCUAUAUGUAUUAGUGUCUUUAUGCUCUUUCGUUUCAUUAACCCAAUACAGAAGCUUCGCAAAGAGUGGUAUGUAGUUGUCCUUGCUUUUGUUGGGUGGUUUCUAGCUUUCUUUGUGCCUCUUCUUUUGCCGAUUGAUUUGGCGUCAUCUUUCAAUUACAAAGACAGUUUCUUUUAUAACAACACAACUGUACUUGUUAUCAUCUGGUGGGUGAUAUAUGCGGUUCAAUUUGUAUUAUGUUAUUUAGUCUUCCCAAUAGUGCAGACUUAUACCUGUGUUGGCGACUUCACCUUCCUCAAAAAGUUGAAACGGAGUAUUAAAAGAAAUGUUAUUUUCUAUGGCAUUUUGAUAAUACUUAUGAUCAUCUUCUUUGUGUUGUAUUACGUCUUUUUCAAAGGGGACAAUAUCUUCGCAAGUGCAUCGGACUAUGUUAGUUUUGGAUUAGUUCUUUCAAAUGCUUGGGGUUUAAUAUUAGCAAUAUUGUUAAUGGGUAAUGGUAUAGUUUUGUUCUCUUAUAACACAAUUAAGACUUUCACUUUCGAGAUGAAUCUGAAACAAACCAUAUGCGACUUAGGACAGUCUGCAAUUCGUUUACAAGAGCAGAAAAUGGUGAUCAAUGACAAGAUGGGGGUCAUCUGUGGGUUCGACAAAAACGUGAGUCCCGAUGAUGGCCUUCGGAGAUAUGUUGAUCAGUGCGUUGAAGAUGUUCGGAAGUGUGACACGGUGAUUUACGAGAAGGUCUUUCCAGUCGACAUAAAAAUUACAUACGACAACUUAGCGAUGGCAAAUGAAGCCCUUCAAGACUCUUUAAGGAAGACAACGAGAGAACAAGUGCUCUAUGACUUAGCAAUAAAGAAGGCUGAGCGACUCUUUUUGAUUAAGAAUGAGAAAGAAAUGCCACAAUUGACGCAGAAAGUGCCCAAAGUUAUGUAUUACUAUUACAAGUAUGGGAGGUACUUCACUAAUUGUUUAAAACUGGUGUUAAUUGUCUUGUUCUGGGUAUUUGUACUUGCCCCAGAAGAGACGAUGGUUGGCGCAAUGAAAGCUAUAAACCCAUUAUGUCAGCUUUCAAAACAUUUAAUAGACAACAACUUAUACACCACAUUUGCUUUAGAAGCUGUUUGUGUCUUGAUGAUGAUGACAUUCUUUGCGUUCUCUUCAUUUGUCAACAUCGAAAUGAUCUCAUUCUUCCGUAUCACAGACCAUCAGCUGAGUGACUCAUACUCAAUUCUUUUUGCUGGUAAUUAUUUGUCGAGGGUUGGCCCUGCACUUGCACUCAAUUUCAUUCACAUGGUCAAUUUCACACAAUCAACGGCAUUCCUUCAAGUGAAUGGUGGGAUGGAGAAUGUCCCAUUCUUCGGAAGAAAAAGUUUUAAUGACCUCCUCCCAAUGUGUCUGUUCAUUGUGAUAGUCGUUUCAAUUCUUUUCUUAUUUAUCGACUACAGGAAGAUAUUCAAUAUAGUCGUCGGUGUAUUAAACACAAUAUUUCACUGUGUCGAUGGGAUUGGUAUUGAUGAAAUAGUCUAUGUCAGUGAAGAUGAAGCCUUCGAGAAAGGUACAAUUCUUGUCAAGAAGGAAUUAAUGGAAUUGUCGAAUGACAUCGACGACAAAGACCUCAAAAGAACGUACAGAAAGAGUGUGUUGUUACUCAAAGCAUCAAAAAGCCCCGAAGGGUACCACGAACUCGAGAGUGAACCCAUCUGA